UGCCGCCACUUCGGGAUGGCGGUUCCUGGAGGUAUCCUUGUUGCCUGCAUUCUCCUGUUGCACAUGAGUCCCGUGACUAAUUAUCCCAAUGGGAAAGUGACAGACUCGUGCCAUGGAAUGACGCCUACACAUGGGCAUGCUCCACUCUCCGAUCCCGUCCACAGCAUCGCAGUGAGUCAAGUGACAUUCAGACCCGGAGGUCAGAUCAAAGUCACGUUGUCAGGGCCCCCCUUUAAGGGCUUUCUCCUGGAAGCACGGGAUGCUGAGGAUUUGAGUGGCCCUCCUGUUGGCUCAUUCACAUUGAUUGAGAGCCAAGAAGCACAACUUCUGACUUGCGAAGAUGUACAGGGAUCAGCUGUGAGUCAUACAAGCCCAUCCAAGAAAACAGAAAUUAAAGUUGAUUGGAAUGCUCCCAGCAGUGCCCCAAAUCACAUACAGUUUUUAGCUACAGUUGUUGAGAAGUAUAAAAUCUACUGGGUGAAGAUUCCUGGUCCCAUCAUUUCACAGCCGGAUGCACUUCCUUUUACAACUCCUGAAGCUACAAGACAGCCUUUGUCAACAUCAGCUCCAGUCUCCCAUUUAACCAAAUCAUUCAAUGCUUCAGAUUGUGGGAAGAAGAAGUUCUGCAUCAGGAGCCCUCUGACCUGUGACCCCGGGAAGGAUCACGCCUGCCUCUUCCUGUCCUUCACUCGAGAUGACCAGUCAGUGAAGAUUGAAAUGAGUGGUCCCAGUGAAGGCUAUUUAUCCUUUGCAUUUUCUCAUGACCGAUGGAUGGGUGAUGAUGAUGCAUAUAUGUGUAUUCGUGAAGAUCAGACUGUGCACCUAAAACCUUCCCACUUGACAGGUCGGAAGCAUCCUAUUAUGGACUCAGAGGAUACUCUUGAGGAUAUGGCUUGGAGGUUGGCGGAUGGCGUUAUGCAGUGUUCCUUCAGAAGAAACAUUACCCUUCCUGGCUUUAACAAUAGAUUUGAUCUAAAUGCAAGUUACUACAUAUUUCUAGCAAAUGGUGCUACUGCUGAUGGUCGAAUUCAUAAGCAUUCUCAGCAACCUUUGAUUACAUAUGAAAAAUACAAUGUGACAGACAAUCCAAAGAACGUAGGUGGCUCGCGUUCUGUUCUCCUUCUGAAGGCUCAUGGUGCCUUAAUGUUUGUGGCGUGGAUGACUACCGUUAGCAUAGGGGUACUCACUGCCCGGUUCUUCAAACCUGUUUGGUCACAGAUUUUCUUUGGUAAAGCAGUUUGGUUCCAGGUGCAUCGACUGCUCAUGGCCACCACAUCUGCGCUCACCUGCAUUGCUGUCAUUCUGCCCUUUCUUUACAGGGGAGGCUGGAGCUGGCAUGCAGGUUAUCACCCCUACCUUGGCUGUGUGGUGAUGUUUUUAGCAGUUCUUCAGCCUCUCCUGGCAGCCUUCAGACCACCGUUGCAACACCCCAGAAGGCAAGUAUUUAACUGGACUCAUUGGAGUAUUGGAACAGCUGCUCGAAUAAUAGCAGUGACUACACUGUUCCUGGGAAUGGAUGUAUCAGGAUUGAAUCUCCCUGACCCUUGGAAAACCUAUGCAAUGAUUGGAUUUGUAGCCUGGCAUGUUGGGACUGAGAUUAUUUUGGAGAUACAUGCUUACCGACUAUCUCAAAAAGUUGAAAUAUUGGAUGAUACCAGAAUUCAGAUCCUGCAAUCAUUUACUGUAGCUGAAGCAGAAGGUCAUGCUUUUAAAAAGGCAGUGUUAGCAAUUUAUAUCUGUGGGAAUGUGACCUUUCUAAUAAUAUUCUUAUCGGCAAUCAACCAUCUAUGAGGAGGCAAAGACCUUGGCUUUUGAAGACUGGGGGAUAAUUAUCCCCAAAUCGAAGAAAACUGAAGCCUGUAAGGACUACCUGGAGCAAACUUGUGAACUUGAACUUGGAAGACGUGCAGGUGAGGUCUACAGAGGAAUCGUGAAGCCUGAUCGUUAGAAAUCAACCUUCUAUAGCGCCUGGUGGGCUGUCAGCUGAUGUCAAGCCUUUACGUGCGAUUUGGUCUUAUGGAGUGAAAAUUUUCCUUGAGAGAUGACCCUCAACUAUCUAUGAUGAGAUUUUUUUUUUAUUUUACUUUUUGGUCACACCUGGCAGUACACAGGAGUCACUCCUGGCUCUGCACUCAGGAAUUAUUCCUGGCGGUGCUCAGGGGACCAUAUGGGAUGCUGGGAAUCGGGCAAACGCCCUACCUGCUGUGCUAUUGCUUCAGCCCCUAUGAUGAAAUUUUAAGAAUGUUAGCAUUUAAGACAAUAAAUAAGAACUAUUGGGGAAAACAAAAAGUUAUCAUUAGAUCAAACAGGAGACUGUACGAAGGGAAAUAUAUUUUGGACUACAAAUUGCUAUAAAAGUACUGCAAGAAAAAGUUUUUUUUUAGCUAGUCGUUUAUCUGAACUGUCUGUCUUAGGUUCUCAUGAGAAACAAUCUUUUCAUUCCAGGUUUUUAUAUGCUCUUCGUUAUAUGCAUUUUAUUACUUCUUUGGCAAUGGAGAGUUUGCCUUAUCCAUUGUUGGGUUAAUGAACAUGUGAAUAAAUUAUAAAUAUUAUAACUUCUUUAACAGAAACAAGAUUCAAAUGUUCAUCUUCUACUCAGACCAAAUUAUGUUCAGCUUCACAGUUGAAAUGGCAUUUUUGUUAAUUAUUUCUUUAAUUAAAUUUUAUUGUCUUACUGUUAGUUUAUAACACUAUAGUACUUUAGGUGUUCAACAUCAUACCUCGUGUGUACAUUUGUUUUGACUGUAUGAUAUAAGGGAUAGCCUUGAAUCAUGGUGGGCUUGAAUUUUGUGGUGAAAUAAACCUCUGAAACGCCUUACUGAUCGUAGAAUUGCAAUGAAGACAUGUAGCCAGUAGAUGGCACCAUAACACCAAAAUACUGUUUUGUUCCCAUUUGCUAUGAUUCUGUUAGUAUUUAGAUAAAACAUGAGAACGCAUUUCCCUGAAGAUUCACCAAUUCUUAAGAUACAUUUGAAAAAUCUGUGCUUUUGUAGUAGGAUUUUGGACUAAGAGAAAAUUAGGGCUCAGCAUUGUUAUUUUCUGGUUUAAUUUCUGUUUGCAUUCUAGCCAUGAUUAAUUGUAAUUACGUGAUAUCGUUUCAUAUUUCUCUUUAUGUUCUCACCUUGUAACAAAUGAAUAGGAUAUCGGGCAAGAGAAGCAAAAUGGAGAUUAUUUUUAAAAAUUAAAUUAAU